AUGGCGUGGACAAAGGCUAAUGUGAGUCUAGCUUUGUCUCUAGUCAUGGUUUUCCUUGGUGCGUCUCUUGCUGAUCUCAGUGUUGGGUUCUACUCCAAUACGUGUCCUCAAGCGGAGUCAAUAGUUAAUAGAGUCGUCUCCGGAGCUGCUCUUUCCAACCCUAACCUCCCUGCCAUUCUUCUCCGUCUCCAUUUCCACGACUGCUUUGUCGAGGGAUGUGACGGCUCGAUCCUCGUGAACAACGGAGCAAUCUCUGAAAAGAAUGCAUUCGGGCAUGAAGGCGUUGGAGGAUUUGAGACAGUAGAAGCUGCCAAAGCCGAGCUUGAAGCUGUAUGCCCUGGUGUUGUCUCGUGCUCUGACAUUGUUGCCUUGGCUGCACGUGAUGCAAUACGUUUGGCGAAUGGACCGGCGUAUGAUGUGCCAACCGGGCGGAGAGAUGGUCGGGUUUCAAACAUGUCGCUGGCUAAGGACAUGCCGGAGGUGAGUGACUCGAUUGAGAUACUAAAGGCUAAGUUUAUGCAAAAGGGACUCGAGGCCAAAGAACUCGUUCUUCUCAGUGCUGCUCACACUAUCGGAACAACGGCUUGCUUCUUCAUGACCAAACGCCUCUACGAUUUCUUACCUGGUGGCCAACCCGACCCGACCAUCAGUCCGGUAUUCUUACAGGAAUUAACCACUCGGUGCCCACGAAACGGUGACGUAAACACCCGGAUACCAAUGGACCGGUUCAGUGGACGGCUAUUCGACAAGCAGAUUCUGCAGAAUAUAAAGGAUGGUUUCGCCGUGCUUCAGACCGACGCAGGUCUCUACGAGGAUGUAACGACCCGUCAGGUCGUUAAUUCCUAUACCGGGUUCCUGAAUCCAUUCUUUGGCCCAUCGUUUGAAUCCGAUUUCGUAAAGGCAAUAGUGAAGAUGGGGAAGAUUGACGUGAAGACUGGUUCCCAAGGAGAGAUUCGACGGUUUUGCUCGGCUUUCAAUUGA